CACUCACUCACUCAUACGUCUGCCUUCCCAUCUAUCCCGUCUGCACAUCGCUAUUGCCCAUCCAUGUUCUCUACAGAACGAGCACGGCACCCAUCCAUCCAUCCAUCCAUCCAUCAUCGCGCACACAAAAAGGGCUGGCCAGCCAGCCAGCCAGCCGGUCGAUCGGUCGGUCGGUCAGAGCCGCUUCACAGCCAACUCUCGUCGGUCAAUCGAGUUCACUGCAUUCUCAGACAUAGGCGAAAGACAGACACACGCAGAGCAGAGAGGGAGAGGGAGAGGGAGAGAGAGGGAAGGAGAAGGACAGAUGGGCAAAACCGCCACCGUCCGUCCGUCCGCUCAGACGAAGGGGAAGGGUUUGUCCGAGAGGAGGUCGCCCACGACCAGCCCGAGGAUGCCCAUCUGCGCCAGCCUGCCGUUGUUGAUCUCCUUGUCCUGAUAUUCACGCAACUUGGCAGGGUCGCUCUCUCGGAACCUUCACACACACACACACACACACACAGAGCCCAUUUCGUCCUUCCACCGAGGCCUCAGCUGUAGAUCUGUGCAUUCAUGCAUGCUUACCACCAGCCGGGCUGGAUGUCGCCAGGCUCAGCGUCCUCAUCGGUGAACUGUCUGCUGAAGACCACGGCCUCGAGGAAGGCCUGGAAGGCCAGGAUCUGCGCGAUGCCCGCUGCAGGCAUCUUGCCAGAGAUGAUGGCGUCAAUGCCGGGCGGCACGUCGGUGAACUUGAGGUUCAGAGAGCUGGACAGCAGCCCGGGGAACUGGUAGUAGAAGGGAACGACUGGCAGAGAGAGGAGAGACACCAGACAGACAGGGAGGGAGAGAGAGGCAGAGAUUGUGUUGCCUUUGAUUUGUGCGUCCCGGGCUGCUCACUGUAGCCGAGGACAGCGAGCAUCGCCAGUCUGCCGUGCUUGAUCUCGAUGGCCCUCCACUUCUUGUAGGCCGCAUCCUCGGGAUCUUUGUCCUGCACAACACAACACACCCCCACACACACGAGCCACCCCGCGCACAUUGAGUGCAUGUUGGCACACACACCGGUGCAUCACACAUCAUAGGCUGGCUGCCCACCCACCGUGAAGAUGUUGAGGGGGUCGAAGUACCCGAGUGGCGGCAGCACGCCGGGCUCGCUGUCGAAGGCGCUGGUCUUGGUCGCCAUCUCCAGCUGAGACCUGGCAGGCGACGUCCGAGACCUGCGCAAACGGAACACAACACCCACCCAGAUCAGCGACGCAGCCCCUUUGCUAGUGGCAUCCUGCACCGUUCUGCGCGCGCGUGUGUGUACCUGAGCGUCGGCAGCCUCCCCGCUGAUGGGACGAAGGCCUCAUCGCUGGCCGCGCACACAGAUGCGACAAGGGCGAUGCAGACGGCUGCAAUGGCGGACUUCAUGACGCUGGGAGAGGAGCGCGGAGGCCGGACCGACG